AUGGAGACAGCAAUCCUCUCAAAAUUUCCUCCGGGCUCUAGGCUCAUCUCAGAAACCCCCCACGGGAACUCGAAAUGGGCGAAACCAACCAUUGAACCAACUCUUCUAACCGUCAUCCUUCCCGAUGAAUCACGUCACAAAUACUUCCUAAAACGCACGUCAUCAGCAGAGGGCCGAGAAAUGACAGAAGGUGAAUACGAGUCUAUGUCAGAAAUCUACAAGUUAGCCCCAAAUUUCGUUCCCAAACCCCAUUCAUGGGGAAUUUGUCAUUCCGUCGAUGGCGAAGAAAUCCAUUUCUUCAUCCAGGAAUUCAUCGAAAUGACAACUCACAUUCUGCCCGACCCCGAGAAGCUUUGUCGAAAACUUUCCAGCCUUCACAAAGCUAGUGUUCCUGGAAAAAACUUCGGAUUUCACGUCCAAACCUCCCAAGGACGCACACUUCAAGCCGUCAACACCAAGUUUCCAACCUGGACACCCUUUUUCACACACAUCCUCAAGCAUAUCACAGAGGUAGACAUGUCCGUCAACGGACAUUGGGUUUCACUCGCGACCCUCGAAUCGCGAAUCUUUACGCAUGUAAUUCCUCGCUUAAUCGGCAUUCUGGAGGAAAAAGGUCGAGAAAUCAAGCCCUGCUUGAUCCAUGGCGAUCUCUGGGAGGGCAUCAUUGGAACCGUAGUUUCAACGGGAGAUAUCGUGGUUUUUGAUGCCACUUCCUAUUAUGCGCACCAUGAAAUGGAGGUUGCGAAUUGGAGAUGUCAUUAUAAUAAAAUCCAUGAUGAGAGAUACACCAGGACGUAUUUGAAAUAUUAUCAGCCAAGCGAGCCGAGAGAGGAAUGGGAGGAUAGAAAUAGGAUGUAUUGUAUUUACUACAAUAUUCUUUACUCGGUCAAUGAUAUGGAUCAAGGAAUGGCGGUUAGGCAAACGAAUGUUCUCCUAUUCUAUUGUAAGGCAAAGAAUACAUCUAAUUUUUAAAACAAUAGUGCUUUCGACGACAUGUAUUAUCUUAUUGAUAAGUACGCCGCCUUUCCCUACAGGCGAAGGUCCUCCACGUUUGAUAGAAGCAGAAAGAGUUGGUCUUUCAGCUGUACGUGAUCACACUAAAGUGUAA